CCCAUCAUUCCUAGCGACGUCCAAAAAGAUGUGAUCAAGGACAUUAACAUUGAUGAAGCGGAGGAAAAUCAUUGAACUAUACAGUAGGCUUCUAAAUCCAAUGAGAACAUUCGGCGCAUACUGCUGACAUUCAUGCAAGAAUCGCUUGACAACCCGUCGCUGGAGCCAUUCGCCGAUUGUUUCCACACAUUAGUGAAUCAGGAGAACCAUCAAUCAAAUGCUUUAGAAGAAUGGCAGUUCGCCGAGUUUUGCCUUAUGCCCUACUUGAAAACCUUAUUCCCACGAAGCGAAGGCUUUCAAAUCUCAGACCCAACCCGGUCAUCAGAAGCGGGAAAAGCUUAUAUUAGCUUGACAAACAAUACAUUGAUAGCGCCCGAACCCGACGUGGUGAUAUCAAAGGAUGACGUGGAACGUCUUGGCGGUGAAUUUAAGCGGCCGAAUAAGAAAUGUGUGAGCGUCUCCAAUGAUUUGGUCAAACUUGGCAACGAGCUCAAGUUCAUGCUGGAUACACUCAUUCAUGAUGGAAACAAUGACAGUACAUAUGUUGUAGGCAUUUUGCUUGAAGGAGUAAAGUGCUCGACCUAUAAAUUGGACCUGAAUUACAACGGGGUAUAUCGCUUGGUAGAACUGUCUUGUUCGGACCUGAUGUCCAAUGAUUUUGAUUUCUACCCGUCAAUAUCAAUCUUCGAAAAUAUCGCACAGCUCAAGCCUCUUUAUUGGCUGCGAAAAUCGUUCCUCCCCCCUUUAGGGUUUUGGCUUUAGUUGAUAUCAGUUUAGUACAUUAGUUAACUUAACAAGCUCUAUUUAUGACGGAUAUCGAAUACGGCUUUUGCGACCGAAAACGGUCACUAGGACAUCCGAGGCUUAUCUUUGCCCAUAGUGAUCUUUUUCAGAGCUCUUCUCUUGAUUUGAAAACUUAAGAGGUGCAGCAUUAUUACCAUCGCCUUUUCAUCACGUUUUUCUAUUCUAAAAAUCACAGAAGCAUAAACAUGAUCCCUAAAUUUUUCUUGAUCGGUUCCUUGUUCUCAAGCCUCGAGCCAGCAACAAGUUACAUGUUAGCUCACGUGUAACCGUUUCCAACCAUUAUCUACGACGAACAGCAGCACCCCACCUUCUUGAAGACACAGUGGAUUUAAAUGCACCACAUCUGCAUUAUGAAG